CCCCGCCCGGCCUCGGGCCGCCGCCGCCGCCGCCUGUUCGCUCCGCUCCGCCCGCGCUCUCGCCCGCGCCCGCCCGGCCUUUCCCACAGGUCGCUGCCGGCCACAGGAGCAGACCCAGCCGGGCGGAAUUAGGAUCUCGACCUUGCCGAGCGUUGUCACCCACUCAGCCCACGCAGAAGUGCCCGGGCAGGUGGCACCAUGGCCUUCUCCCAGGUGCAGUGUCUGGACGACAGCCAUGUGAACUGGCGCUCCAGCGAGUCCAAGCCCGAGUUCUUCUACAGUGAGGAGCAGCGACUGGCGCUGGAAGCCCUGGUGGCCCGCGGACCCGAGGCCUUCUAUGAGGUGCUGAAGCGGGAGAACAUCCGCGACUUCCUCUCGGAGCUGGAGCUCAAGCGCAUCCUGGAGACCAUCGAGGUGUACGACCCAGGCUCUGAGGACCCUCGGGCCACGGGCCGCUCCCAGGGGCCCGAGGACAAUGGGGUCGGGGACAAUGGGGUCGGGGACGGCGAGGAAGCCAGUGGGGCAGGUGGGGCCCCCACCGAGGCCGAGCCAUUGCCCUCGCUAGAGUACUGGCCCCAGAAGUCGGACCGCUCCAUCCCACAGCUGGACCUGGGCUGGCCCGACACCAUUGCCUACCGCGGUGUGACCCGGGCCAGCGUCUACAUGCAGCCCCCCAUCGAUGGGCAGCCGCACAUCAAAGAGGUGGUUCGCAAGAUGAUCAGCCAGGCCCAGAAGGUGAUAGCUGUGGUCAUGGACAUGUUCACCGAUGUGGACAUCUUCAAGGACCUCCUGGAUGCUGGCUUCAAGAGGAAGGUGGCCGUGUACAUCAUUGUGGAUGACAGUAACGUCAAGUACUUCCUGCACAUGUGCGAGCGGGCCCACAUGCACCUGGGGCACCUCAAGAAUCUCAGAGUGCGGAGCAGUGGGGGAACUGAGUUCUUCACACGGUCAGCUACCAAGUUCAAAGGCGCCCUGGCCCAGAAGUUCAUGUUCGUGGAUGGAGACCGGGCUGUGUGUGGCUCCUACAGCUUCACGUGGUCAGCCGCGAGGACGGACCGAAAUGUGAUCUCCGUGCUGUCUGGUCAGGUGGUGGAGAUGUUCGACCGGCAGUUCCAGGAGCUGUACCUCAUGUCGCACAGCGUCAGCCUCAAGGACGUCCCCAUGGAGAAGGAGCCUGAGCCAGAGCCCAUUGUGCUGCCCUCUGUGGUCCCGCUGGUGCCCUCAGGCACCGUGGCUAAGAAGCUUGUCAACCCCAAGUACGCACUGGUCAAGGCCAAGAGCGCCGACGAGAUUGCCAAGACCUCCUCGGAGAAGCAGGAGGCCAAGAGGCCCCCGGGGCUGCAGGGCCCGGCGCUGGCUGAGCGGCCCGGGGACCUCUCUGAGCUGCCACCACCCAUCCACCCAGGGCUGCUCAACCUGGAGCGGGCCAAUAUGUUUGAAUACCUGCCCACGUGGGUGGAGCCGGACCCAGAGCCCGGCAGUGACAUCCUGGGCUACAUCAACAUCAUCGACCCCAACAUCUGGAACCCCCAGCCCAGUCAGAUGAACCGCAUCAAGAUCCGCGACACGUCCCACGCCAGUGCCCAGCACCAGCUGUGGAAGCAGAGCCAGAACUGUAGCCCUGCCCCAGAGCCGCACCCUCCCCCAGGGCCCAGUGCCCCCCAGGACGGGGUCCUAGCUGAGAAUGGCCUCCCACAGGGGGAACCUGAGCCUCAGCCCCCUGUGCCCAAGCCCCGGACAGUCCCUGUGGCCGAUCUACUUGCCCAGGAUGGCAGCGAAAUUGGCUGGGCCCUUGAGACCCCAGAAGAUGAGGCACCCCCGAACAGGACCGAUCACAGGCUGCCCAAGACGGCGGGCCCGGACCAUGCCCCGCUGCAGGAGCAGCUGUCUUUGACCCAGGAUAACCCCGACGGCCUGGAGGUGGGGAUCCCCAAUGGGAUAGAUGGGGAGGAGGAGGAGGAGGAGGAUGACGACUUUGUGACCCUCAGUGACCAGGACAGCCUCUCAGGCAGCUCCAGCUGUGGCCCCAGCCCCCGGCGACCCUCAGUGGCCUCUUCCGUGUCGGAUGAGUACUUCGAGGUUAGGGACCGCUCAGCCCCUCUCCGGAGGCGCCACUCAGAGCAGGUGGCCAAUGGGCCAGCACAGCCCCCCCGCCGACAGCUGAGUGCCCCCCACAUAACCCAAGGGACCUUUGGUGGACCCUGGGCUGGCUCCCCGUGGACCCAGAGUCGGGGGAGAGGAGAGGCGGAUGUGUCAAGGAGGACACAGGCCCCACGUUCCACGGACACAGAGGCACAGGGCCAGCAGUUCCACCAUUAUGGGGUCCCUGCCUCGGGGACCAGGGAUAAGGAUGGCUUCCCGGGACCUCCCCACUACCGCCGUGCUGCUGAUGGUGUCCGGAGCUCUACCAGGAAAGUGGGCCCGGCUGCAGCAGGCCCCCAUCACUGGCAGGCCAAGGGUGGCCCUGUACCCCAUGUGCUGGCAGACCCUGGGAGCCCACGGACUGCCCGAAAGGUCCGCCCCCUGGCCCACGGCAGGGCCACCGAGGAGCAUCUGAGUCCCUUCGGAAUCCCGUACUCCAAACUGUCUCAGUCGAAGCACCUAAAAGCCAGGACGGGCGGUGGCCAGUGGGCCUCGUCUGAUUCCAAACGGAGGGCUACGGCCCCCCGGGACCGCAAGGACCCCUAGCAGCCUGUCCCAGCCUGGAGCCACGCCUCCCGAGGACUCUGCCCCAGCCCGGACUCGAGAUGCAGAUGGCAGAUGGCUGCCUGCAUCCACCACAGCCCCCUGGAUGGCAGAAGGUGGGGUGGGCAGGUGACAUCGGCACUCACCUGGUCGGUGCACCAGUACCAGGUGGCUAUGAUGGUCAGGCCAAAGGUCAUUCCAGUCCACGGGAGGUCCCCCGUGUAGGGGUCUCGGAACAUGUGCAUGGCGUCUGCACGAGGCAGGUGGCAGGUGGUGUUGGCAAUGGUUCUAGAGGGGAUGGCCCGGGCAUAGGCUGCCUCCAGCUGCCCGUAACCGCCGAUCUGGUCAAAAGCUGGAGGGAUUGGGGUGGAACAGGGACAGUGGGUGGUUGGUGAUUGUGGCUUCUGCGCUCCCACUGCCCUUAUCUCACAGGUAACUUCCUGACAAAUCCAACUUGAGUUUUCCCAUCUCAUCUUUCCCAGGGUUUGGAAAGAUGUGGAGAGUAGAGAGCUUUAGAGAAAAAGAUGAAUUUGAAUGACUAUUUUAUUUGUAUUUAAAAUAAUACUAUUAAAUGAGCAUUUUGCACAUGGGCACCCAGUGUCCUUUGGCCCAGCAGGGUCACUGCUGGCCUCCAGAUGCCCAUCAGCCUCUGGCAAGGGCCUCUCUGCCAGGUUCCUAAAUGUCGAUUCAAGGAAACAAAAGUAUUUUUUCUUGGCAUUUGAGGACUUUCCUGAGGCAUCUCAAGUGUUAGAAGUCCUAACUCAGGUCUCCCGAAAGGUGUGAUUUUGGCAGAGCUGAGAAUGGCUAGCAGUGAUGCAGCCCAACCCCUCAUGGCACAGAGAGGGGCAGGGGCAGGGGCUCUGCCGAGGCCACCCAGCCCACGGGGCGCGACUCAUGUCUACCUCAGGGUCAGGGCCCACCUGUCUGUAGCUUUUGUCGUGUCUGUGGUCACUCCCCUCCUGUCCAGACUGGAUCUGGCUGCCUGGUCCCUCUCAGGCAGUGGGUUCUGGGGACACAGGGGCCCCUGGUCUGAGAAGAGGGAGCCUGAACAUAGGACAGCCCAUCUCGUCCCCAGCCCCAUUCCUGGCCUUUCCCGAGCAGGACGUGGAGGAGGAAGCCUGCUGCCUGGCCCCGGCCCCCAGUGUUACUGCCUCCCUGGAUUCCAGGCCAGGGUCUGUAUUCAGACCAAGGACCCACAUGAGGCUCAGCAAAUGCACAAAUGCUAUUGAGGAUUAGAAACAGGAUCCCGGAGUCUGAGGCUAAAGUCUUUAUAGGCCUCUGUUCGCUCUCUGUGGGAUCCUCUUGGCUCUGCUUGCACACUCCCAGGUAUGGGGACCUCCCUACCUCCCGGGUCAGCCCCAGGAGCUUCCUGUCUUCCCAGACUAAUAUCACAAUGUGUCUAAAAGCUCUUCUCUCCUCCCCUGCCUUUGUCUAGCAGGAGGUAGCAUUGCCUCUUGGGAUUUUGUACAUGAUUUUAAACAAUUGGAGGAGAUGCACAGGCAUUUUGUGGUCUAAUCGUGUGCCUCCGCACCUGCCUGCAGCCCCACCUCACUGUCAAUCCCUGAGCCAGGGCAGGCACGACUGUUCCUAUGCUCCUGAGUCAGCUCCUUGCCAGACCUGGAGCUGGCCUGGGGCUGGUGACAGCUGGGCAGCAGGGAUGGGAAGGAAGCGGGCAGCCUCCAUCUGCCAGAGGGUGCCAGCAGUGGCUGACUUCCCAGUGGCUUUACCUCGUCACCCCCACCCCCACCCCCACCCCAAGCGCUGACACAAGUCUCUCUGCAGGGUGUGGGCAAUACCAGACUGCAAUAGGCUUGAUGCUGGGACAGCCCCAAUGUGGCCACCUCUCUCCCCCUCACCUUUGACCGUCAGGAUGACAGCCCCCACCGUCAUGAUGAGAGUCUGCAGGGCGUCCGUGUAGAUCACAGUGGCCAGGCCCCCUGCAGGUGGACACAAGGUUGCUGGAGGGGCCCUGGCCUCAGGGAGGAGGGAUGUGGAAGUUCCCCUUGCAUGUCCCCCGCCCUUUACGGUGGGGAGCUGUGAAACCCGCAGGCCAGGUUCCAAAUCCCCGUCUAUCUGGCUCUGAGCUGGCCACGUCCCAGGCUACUCCCCUGGCCUGUGGGAAGAGGUCCCUCUGCCUCCUGGGAGGCGUCAUACCUGCAAUGGUGUAUAGGGCGGUGAUGGCGAGCGUUAGGGUGGUGGAGAGGUAGAAAUUCCAGCCCAGGCAGAUGUGCACAAAGAGGGCCCCAGCGUACAGGUCCAUCUGGGGGAGGGGUGUGCAGAGUCCUAGGUGACUGUUAGGUCCAGGGCCCCAGCAGGCCACUCACUCGCUGCAGGACUUCAGGCAAGGCCUUCCCUGGGCCUUGGUGCCCCAUGCACUGAGAGGAGGGGAGACCCCCGGCCACCUGCCCACCUGCAUCACGGGACUGCUGUGGGGGGAGGAAGAGCUGGCGUGCACAGGCUGUGCCGUGUCCUAUAGGGAGCGUUGCUCUUAUUAAUAAAGUCCACACUGGCCAAUGCCCA